AUGACCCAGGAGCAGUACAUCCUUGCGGCACAGCCCAACCCACUCCACCAGCGGGGGGCGUCAGUGUGCGGCGCCCAAGUUUACCCGGCAGUGGGAAUCUACGGCUGGAGGAAGAGAUGCUUAUACUUCUUCAUCCUCCUCCUCCUCGUCACCAUGAUCGUCAACCUGGCACUGACCAUCUGGAUCCUCAAAGUCAUGAACUUCACUCCGGACGGCAUGGGGAAUCUGCGGGUGACCAAGGAAGGUGUCAGACUGGAGGGAGUGUCUGAAUUCUUAUUGCCUUUAUACGUCAAAGAGAUCCAGUCUCGUAGGGACAGUCCCUUGAUCCUCCAGUCAGACAGAAAUGUGACUGUCAAUGCUCGGAAUGAUCAGGGACAACUAACCGGUCAGCUAACCGUGGGUUCAGAGAUGGUGGAGGCUCAGUGUCAGAGGUUCGAGGUGAGGAGCACAGAUGGAGAGAGAGUUCUGUUCUCUGCAGAUGAAGAGGAGAUCAGCAUCGGCACGGAGAAACUUCGAGUCACAGGGAACGAAGGCGUGGUGUUCAGCCAUUCCGUAGAGACAUCACAUGUGAGGGCAGAACCCUUCCAGGACCUAAAGCUGGAGUCCCCGACUCGAACCCUGACCCUGGAGGCUCCCAGAGGGGUGGAGGUCAACGCUGGAGUGGGAGACUUCACGGCGUCCUGUAGGAAAGACCUCCUCUUUCAGUCCUCAGAAGGAGAGAUCUUUCUUGAUGCCAACACCAUCAGGCUGGGCAACAUACCCCUCGGCAGUGCUGUGGACCCCCUGGAGGGGGCACCGGCAGGUACCACCUACACCAAACAGACUGUGUACGAGCUUUGCGCCUGCGCUAACGGCAAGCUCUACCUGUCCCCGGCCGAGAAAGGCUCUACCUGCCAAACCACCAGUAACUUUUGUCUUUGGAGCUGA